AUGAGCGCGGCCCCCGCUGCCGCCGGCCCGCGGGGCGUAUGGCGAGCUGCUAGCGCCCUGGGCCCGGGAGAGGCGCUGCUGGCUGGGCUGCCGGCGCUGGUGCAGGCCGUGUCGCUGCUGUCCAAGGCGCUGGUGCUGCUCUGGGGCGCCUAUAGCGCUGAGCUGCGGCGCGCCUCGGGCGUCUUCCUGGUGAACCUGUCGCUGGGCCACCUGCUGCUGGCGGCGCUCGACAUGCCGUUCACGCUACUCGGCGUGCUGCGCAGGCGGCCGCUGUCGGGGCCAGGCGCAUGCCAGGUCGUUGGUUUCCUGGACACCUUCCUGGCGUCCAACGCGGUGCGGAGCGUGGCGGCACUGGGCGCGAACCAGUGGCUGGCGGUGGGUUUCUCGCUGCUCCACGCCCGGCGUCUGCGACUGCGCGACGCCCGCCUGCUGCUGGCCUACGCGUGGAGACCGUCGUUGGACUUCGCGUUUGCUGCGUUCGUCUGCUCGAGGCUCGGCUACAGCGGCGCCUUGGCGUCCUACUCGCUGCGCCUGCUCCUCGCCGCCUUCCCCGCCGCGCUCCACGCUGUGGGCUUCUCGCCGCUCGCCGCGCUCAACCUCCCCUCCCUCAAGGUGCUGCGGGUGGCGUGCGGCCACUGCCGGCGCAUAGGCAUCACCAUGCAAGCACUGGAGCAGAUGGUAGACUUGCACCCCAGGUAGCCGGCCCGUCCCUGCCUCCCUGAGCAGAAGCGGCGCCACCAGCGGGCUGCCAGGAAGAUCAGCCUCUUCAUCGGGUCCUCUGUCAUCUGCUUUGCCCCACGUGUUGUGACCCGCUGGGUCCUGCUCGUGCCCUCUGUCACCAUCAAUGCUCCCUGGGGCGUCCUGAGCAAGUGCCUGAGCUACAGUGAGGCGGCAGCCAACCCCUUCCUGUACUCUGUGCUCCGCCAGCAGUGUCCCCAGGUCCGGGCCGGCAUAGCCAACUGGCUGCCAAGGAGACACCCACACCCAGCAUCUGCCCACAGAGCUCACAGACACGGAGAAUGA